CUUUAGUUCCAAAAUGCGUGAAUACGGAGACGAACAUCGAAUUUUUCUGCAAGGCAUGAUGUGCCGUGGAAUUGCGGAUUACCAAGAAAUCCUGAAACUCCUUCAAUGUGUAUGCGUUCGAUGCAACCUGGUGUUUCCUAAUGAAAAGAAAGACCAAGCUCGGAUGUUGGUUCACAUUGUUCAGCAAAUCAACACCAAACUAGAUCCGUUGGGACUUCUCAUUGAUAAGGUUAUUGAUGAGGACAAUAAAGCCCGUGUCACGUAUUUUGGACUUUUCAACAAGAUUGACAGAUCCCAAGAAGCCACAGAACUCACCAAGAAAGCCAUGGUGAAUUAUAAUCCCGGUGAAUUGGAGUUCUUGAAGCUUGUGGUGGAAAAUAUCAUGGAUAACGAGGACAAGGAGUUGGAAAGCAUCACGGCCAUCAAUCUCAGCCGACAUGUGGUUAGUCGGCCUUUCAAGGCUUUGGAAGCAGAAUCUGUGAUUCAAAAACUAGUGGACGAUCAGUGGCUUAAGAGAGCAAUGGAUAAGAGCAUCCGACUUUCGCCCCGGUUCAUUGGCGAGAUGGAGCAUUAUCUGAAAGAAAAUUUUGCCGAGGAAAUUCACGCUUGCGCUUUGUGCAAGAAAAUUGUGAUCAGAGCUGUGCUGUGCAAUUGUUCCAAAGCCUUCCACUUGUACUGCUUGGCCUCUGGUGAUGAAACUAAAGAAUCUCAGCGAUGUCCAAAGUGCAAAUUUAAGAUCGAGCUUCCCAAUCAAGGAAUUGUCCUCCCCUCACGAUCUCAAGCCAAGAAACGAGGAAGAAAAACGGACUCAGAUUCCUCCGAUUCAGAUUGAAGGAACUCAUUGUAGGAGACAAGAAUGAAGAGAUUUCAACCUCAGGAGACGCUUAGAACAACUUGAAAUAAAAAUACAUGUACCAUCUUGAUAAGUUUUCAACAAUCUGAUCAGCCGAAUUAAAGGCUGGCAUAAUAUCUUA